ACUCUCUGCUCCCCACCACCCCAAUUGCUGAACAAAAAGUUUUCGAUCUCGAAAAAUACAGUCUCUUUAGCUUUUUUGGUUUCCACUUUUUUUUCCUUUACUUCUCUCCAUCAACAUCAAUUGAGUCUAAAACUGCAAAUUCUCUCUUGGGUGCAACUCUGUUGAGCUCUUGUAUCUUUUACCUCGCUCUCUCACUCCCGCACCAUCUCACACAAAACAAGGUGGGUUUUGCAGAUGUAAGUAAAGUCUUAGGGCUAAAUUGCCACUGAUUGGCCAUACCCCACUUUCUGGCCACAUGAGUGAAAUAGAUGAUAUUGGAAUAUGAAGCCUAUCAUUUUGGAAUAACCUGCAUUAGGCUAAAAUUUUAAAUUCCGGACAAGGCAGAUUACCGGACGUAUCAUUUUGGAAGUUCGGAUUUUGAUAAUCGAGUAAAAAUUUGGUAAUAAUGCCACUCUAGAUUAUCUGAUUUUUAUAAUAAAAUUUAAGGAGAGGCGUUUCGACUCUAAAAUAGUUUGUCCGGAAUUUCGCCCUGCCCGGAAUUACAAAAUUUACUUGAUUCAAACAAUUUUUCACACAUUUCGAAUCUUUCGAAUUAAAAAUGUAAGCCCUGAUUGGGGCUCACUUAAAUAAUAUUACAAAUUUAUAGAGGAAAAAAUGAGGAACUGAGGUUUCCAUCUUUAUUUCAACUUCCUGAGAGUGAACUGUCCACGGCUACUAAUGCUCACUCACUGAAGUACUGAUAUUAAUUGCCAUAAGCAACAAGAACACAACAUAACGACUUUCAACAGGCGCCUUGGGAUGGUAAGGUUUGGGCGUGUGAAAGGAAUAAAUGAUUUGGAGUGGUUGGAUGCAGCCGUUGACAGGGUUGACAUGCGUCGAAUAGGCCGUACGGUCUACAAAAAUUGUUUUAAGAGUUUUAGGGUUGAAUCAUUAAUCGUUGAAUUGUUACUAUUACUUUUUAGCUGCCUUAGCUAAAUAGAAUUUUAUCUAAAAUAAUAAGGGGAGAUUAUAUAUACUCCCAUAUAAGGGGAGAUUGAGCUACAUUGUUAAACGAUUUUUCGCAUAUCUCUGAAGCAAACUGGGCUUUAGAGUAAUGUAAUUUAGAUAGACAAAAUAAUACUGGAUUUAAAUUAAAUUAUAGUAAGGCCCAGCUUUAUUUAGAAAUAUAAGAAAAAAUUGAAUUUCAAUGUAGCUGCUGCUCUGCUCAAAGUAGGCCCACCUCCCCCUAAUAGCAACUGUUUUAUGAAUGUUUCAUCCAAUUUCCGCACUAGAAAGAAUUUGAAUCGUUAGAUAAGAGUCAAGUGGCCAAUAAGUGGAUAUUUUUGGAAGGAAAGAUAGAUUUCUUUUGGUAAGUUAGCAAAAAUCUGUCGAAAAUUGAAGGGGUAUUCUGUAACAUAUGACAAUUUUCAUGAUAAAAGUCAGGAACAGAACAACUCUAAGGACAGUGAGCAUCGAAUAAUCAUUGUAAAGAGCUUUUGUAGUUUUUGCAACUUAUUAUGAAUCGGAUUUGCGAUUAGUUCUUCCGAAUUUGCCACAUAAAAAAAUAAAUUUGUCGUAUGACAUUGUCAUUACAGUUACAGAAUUCCCCUACUGAUUUGAUAUUUUGAUUGAAAAAACAUCUUAGCAAAAACAGUAAAAUUUUGAUCAAUAUUGAGCAAUUUUUUUUUUAAUUUUCCAACUAAAAUAGCCAAAAGGGGGUCAUUUAACUCUAGUAAGAAGAAAAAAUGAUCCGAGAGGAGCUGCCACUUCGUGCCUCUCACAUGUGCUUACUAGUUGCUGCUACUCCGAAGAAGAGAGCUUAGGCGAUCGUACAAUUUCAAUAUUGUAAGAUCAACCAGUGUGAGGUGAGUUACACUCUAAGACGGCGGCAAAAGACACACGAGUCUCUUUUGGUCUUUGGAAAAGCUCGCGCUCAUAACACUUUUCACUGCAUCUUCAAUCAACCAGAGUGACACAUACGAUUGCUUGUUCGAAGCAGCUGCUAAAGUGAAUUCUAUUAAGUGAUUAAUUGACAGUUCUGGUGUUAUUGAACGCCUUACUAGGGCAUUAUGUAUAUCACCUAAACUCAAACACUAAUUUCUCUAUAAACCCCAAUCGUCCCUUUCCAAAAAUCCCAUUAAAAUCAAAUAAAUUUGUUUGUGAAUUAGACAAAAAAAAAAAACAAAACAAAAAGAAAAAUUGUGACUAAAUUUCGCAAAAUAAACCCCACCAACUGGAUUACUAAACAACCUGAGGAUCACCAGAGAAAGGAGCCAGUAUCUUGAGAAGAUCACCCAAGAUCGACUCAAUUUGUCUCCACAGUUCAUCAUCGUAAUAACCAUUUUCUGCACACUGUGACACAAUCUUCUCGCCAGCAGUCAUUUUGCGCCAUAAUGAUUUUCCGUGUUUCACUAAUUGCACUGUGCAUCUUUGGAUACAGUGUACUGACCACAGAUUCAAAAGAGUCCGUGAGAUCAAAGAGAGCCAAACGCCCUCGAGCACCAUCCAUUUCGGAUUAUCGUCCCGAACCCAAGCAGAAUCUCGACGAACCACGAGAUGACCAACAACCUGUUGACAUCCCACCUGGAUUUCUCUCACCAUCUGUUCGCGAAUACCUUGAGCUUGGAAGAUCGAUUCCCGGUCGUCCCGGCACUGACUAUCCCAUCCUCUCGGCAAUCCCCUACACGAACUUCUACUGUGACGAUCAACCAUAUCCGGGCUUCUUUGCCGAUAUGGACACAAGAUGUCAAGGAUGGCAUUACUGUGACAUUGAUGGACGGCAAGCGAGUUUCCUCUGCCCAAAUGGUACUCAAUUCUCCCAAGCAGUUUUCGUCUGUGACUGGUGGUUUAAUGUACGCUGUGAUCUCUCACCCCGCCUCUACUCCAUCAAUGCGCGACUCUAUCAAACACCCAAAGUGAAUCCAACGCGACCACAUCGAAUCAUUACAAAGCAACUGAUUGAUGAUAUUUUCAAUUAAUUGCAUCAUCACCGACAAUUGCACUCAAAUUACAGUUAAAUCUUUCAUCUCGUUGGAUUCCUUCCCCACUUUUAUCUUCUUUUUUUUUCUUCCUUCCAAACUUCACUUACCGAACACAUAAAUUAUCGGGUCAAUUAGAAGAUUUGCAGUAAAAAAUUCACCAUGAACAUUCUAUUAGGAGUUUACAAAAAAAAAACAUAUCUAGAGCAGUGCCAUCCAAUACAAUUACUUUUUGCGAAGAAAAAUGUAUUUCCUCCUUCAUAAUUUUCAACAAGAAAUUAAGACAAACAGAAGCAUAGAGAAAAGUACAAGUAAUUUGGCUCAUUAAAUCUUAUCAAGUGUGUUAAUUUAAGAUACAAAUUCCUUGUAAAUAUAUUUUGUAAGUUUUUUUUUUAUAUACAAGUGAUUAAAAAAUAUGAAAUAAAAAAAAAUGUGAGC